AUGCCUCGUAUCCUCGAGCCAGUGACCGUCGUCAAGACCCCGGAGGUGGACAUCACCGAGUACGCCGGCAACGGAUCUUCCGGCCAGCCCGCCAUAUCGCUGGCCCACGUCAAGGCCGAGGGAAACUGGGCGGAGCCUUGGCAGUGCCCCGAGUUCGACGAGUGGGUGCUCAUCCAAAAGGGGGAGGUUCACAUCGAGCACUCCCACGGCGACACCGUCGUCGUUAAGGCCGGACAGGCUGUGUACCUGGCCAAGGGUGAGCGUGUUCGGUGGGUCUUCCCCGACGGGGGAUGCGAGUACAUCCCGAUCUGCCUCCCCGGGUUCACCCCCGCGAACGUGCACAGGGAGGACGACGGACCGAACCCUCCGCCCCACGACAAGCACGUGGACAUCUACCACAUGGUACAGACGCACAACUGGGAGGCCGCCAAGGCGAGCGACGAGAAGGUGUACUAUCCCCCCACGUACGCGACGGACGGGUUCACGCACGCCACCGCGGACCCAAAGUAUCUUCUCACGGUGGGCAACCACUUCUACAAGGAGACCAAGGCGCCGGACGGCAGCGGCAAACCGUCCGAGUGGAAGCUGCUGAAGAUGACCAGGCGUACCCUGGAGGCGAAAAAGAUCGACCUCAAGUUCGAGGCGCCCUCGCCCGUCGGUGACACCAAGGAGAUGGACGCGGAGCAGAGCGGUGGCGAGCGGUUCCCGCACAUCUUCGGCGGCAUCCCCACCGAGGGCGUGGUCGUGCAGGAGUUCGACAUCACGCGGGCGGAGGACGGGACGUUCACGGGCGUGGUGGGACUGGUGUGA